CCGUGAAACAGCGGGAAACAUGGGACCACCGAAGUCUACCCCAGCAAAACAGAAAAAUACACUGUUCACUUACUUUUCCAAAAGCCCGUGUACUCCUCAAAGUGAUGAUACAUCCAAAAACAUUGAAAAUACCGUGUUGUCACCAAAGAAAUCUCCUAACAGAGGGAAGAAUCAACAAAAAACUAAUGGACCCGAUAGCAGUUACAAGCCUGGAGACCUCAUCUGGGGAAAGUUGGAAGGCUACCCCUGGUGGCCGAGCCUCGUGUGUAACCACCCAACUGAGAACAACCACUACAAGCCUGGAAAGCUGCCCCAAAUACAUGUCCAGUUCUUUGACAACCCUGUAUCUCGAGCUUGGGUGAAAUUGAAAAAUUGCAAAAAGUUCAAGGGAUCAGAUGACCCAGACUUCCAGCCAGGUGGUCCCCUCCACACAAAGAGCACCCCGGUGGUGAAGGGGGUUGAGGAGGCUGACCACGCCCUGGGAAUGAGCUGUGAGGAGCGACUGGGACUUGUUGUAGAGUUACAACCAUCUGAUGAUGAGGAUGACAUGCAAUCUGAUGAUGACAGUGGAGAGGGAAACAGCAAAGAAAAUAUGGAUGUGGAUGAAGAUGUCAAGAAGACACCUAGUAAGUCACCAGCAAAAGGUCGAAGGUCACAGCGAUCUCAGCGGAAACGGAGACGGAUCAUCAUUGAGGACUCCGAUAGUGAUGGACAUGCUGGUUCAGAGGAUGAGUUUAAGCCAGGUAAGGAUGAUGGCAGUGAUGAUGAAGCCAGCAGUGGUGUCGAUGAGGAUGACAUCACAUCGGAGAGCGCAUCUGAACCAGACUCACCAAUCAAGUUACCACAGAAGAGAAAAAGGCCUGAACCCAAACAGACCUGGGGUCCAAAAACAGCAAGAAAACAGGAAGGCUCUAAGACUGCCAAGAAGGCUCUGGCAGGCUUCUCCAAGGAUUCAUCAGACACAGAAGAGAAGCUGCCCAGCCCAAGUAGCCCUGCCACACCUCGGCCGGUGGAGGCACGGUCUGACACUGCCUCCACCCCACAGGUCUCAACAGCAACCAAAUCAAAGCUGGCUGCCUUCACUGCCAGUGAUUCUGCUAGCCCAGCUGGAGAGAGUGGUAUCGUUUACCAGCAUCUGAAAUAUGAGUGGCUCAAGGCAGACAACAUCAGAGAUGCCAAGAAGAGGGUGAAGACAGAUGAAGAUUACGACCCCAGAACUCUAUACAUACCAGACGGUGAAAGGACAAAGUUCACUCCUGCGAUGAGGCAAUGGUGGGAGAUUAAAAGCCAGCACUUUGACACUGUCCUUUUCUUCAAGAUGGGAAAAUUUUAUGAGUUGUUUCAUAUGGAUGCGGCAAUUGGUGUUAAGGAGCUAGGACUGAUAUUUAUGAAGGGAGACUAUGCCCAUUCUGGUUUCCCAGAGAUAGCAUAUGGUCGCUAUGCGGACACGUUGGUGCAGAGGGGGUAUCGAGUGGCUCGUAUAGAACAGACAGAGACCCCUGAUAUGAUGACAGAGAGGUGUAAAAACAUGUCGAAGGCUCCAACCAAGUAUGACAAGGUGGUUAAUAGGGAGGUGUGUAGAAUUACGACGAGGGGCACGAAGACGUUCAGCUUCCUGUCUGGGGAGUGCACGGACUCACACUCCACAUACCUGCUCGCUCUCACAGAGAAGGAACAGGGCACAGAGGGUAGCAGUAUGUAUGGUGUGUGUUUUGUGGACACAUCCAUAGGAAAAUUUCAUAUAGGUCAGUUCAGCGAUGACCGGCACUGCUCACGACUGAGAACCCUCCUGGCUCAUUACCCACCAGUUCAGAUCCUGUAUGAGCGAGGUCGACUGACAGCCCGCACCCAGCAGAUGAUCAGUGCCACGUUGCCCUCGGUGAUGAAGGAAGGGUUGAACCCGCGCACAGAGUUCUGGGAUAGCUCCAAGACACUAAAGGUCCUCUCAGAAGAGACCUACUUCAAGCCUGAGGGAGAGGACUUCCAGUGGCCGCCAGCCAUAAAGGACAUGCUAUCUGAUAGUGAUGCCCUUGGAUGUUCAGCUGCAGAUGAAUACAGCCUUGCAGUAAGCUCCCUUGGAGGACUCACUUGGUACCUCCAAUAUUGUUUGCUGGAUGAGGAGCUACUGUCAAUGCGGAACUUUGAUGUUUACCGGCCCCUGGACAAUGAGAGGUCAGCCCUAUCGCCAAGUCCAAAUCAAGGGCAGAAUCUGCCAGAGUUCACAGGGCGACACAUGGUGCUUGACGGGGUCACUCUGGCCAACCUGGAUGUGACAGAGAACAGCAGCACAGGAACUACAGAGGGAACCCUACUGGAGAGGCUCGACACCUGUCAUACACCGUUUGGCAAACGUCUGUUCCGCCAGUGGUUGUGUGCGCCUCUUUGCAACCCUGCCUCCAUCAAAGACAGGCUAGAUGCGGUAGAGGAUCUGAUUGGCUGCCAGGACAUCACUGCUGAUGUGGCCGACAUGAUGAAAAAACUCCCAGACCUGGAACGGCUACUAAGCAGAAUCCACACACUCGGUACUGCAAAGAGCAAGAAACAUCCAGAUGCAAGAGCUAUCCUUUAUGAAGAUAUUACUUACAGUAAAAGGAAGAUUGAAGAUUUCCUCUCCACAUUGGAAGGUUUCAAAAUAUCUUCAAAAAUAGCAAGACGAUUCAAGGAUGUGGUCGGGAAUUUCAAGUCUCAAAUGUUGGGUCGAACACUGGGUAUAGCUGGAAGUACCCCUGAUGGCAUGUUUCCCGACAUUAAGGAACAGCUGGAGUUCUUUGAUAAUUCCUUUGACCACAAUAAAGCAAAGAAGGAUGGUGUUAUAGUUCCCAGCAAGGGAGUGGAUUCGGAGUACGACCGUGCCAUUGAUGACAUGAGGAAGACUGAGAACAACCUGAAGGAUUACCUCGACAAACAGAAAACACGCAUUGGCUGUAGGUCGAUCACAUAUUGGGGUUCAGGGAAGAACCGCUACCAGAUGGAGGUGCCAGAUAGUUAUGUAAAGAAUGUUCCCCACCAGUACCAGCUGAUGUCAUCGAAGAAGGGAACAAAGCGAUAUCGGACAGGGGACAUUGAGGAGAUGCUUGAAGAGCUCACUGAUGCCGAGGACAGGAAGGAUUCGGCACUCAAGGACGUCAUGAGGAGAAUUUUCUAUAACUUUGAUAAACACUACCAGAUGUGGGAUGGAGUAGUUCAGUGCUUGUCAGUGUUAGAUGUCCUGCUGGCACUUGCCUGUUACAGUCGCUGUGCUGAUGGCGCAAUCUGCAGGCCAGAGAUAGUAUCCCCUGAGGCUGGGGUGCAGCCUUUCAUUGAAAUCAGAGAGGCCAGACACCCAUGUGUUUGCAGGACAUUUUCUGGAGGAGACUUCAUUCCCAAUGACACUGUUAUUGGCACACAUGAUGAUCAGGCCGAUGAUGGGGACUCCAGCAGCAGUCGCGUGGUCCUUGUCACUGGUCCCAACAUGGGUGGCAAGUCCACACUGAUGAGGCAGGUUGGGCUUGUGGUUGUCAUGGCCCAGCUUGGGUGCUAUGUGCCUGCAGAGAAGUGCCGCCUCACUCCAGUGGACAGGGUGUUUACACGCCUCGGGGCUAAUGAUCGGAUAAUGGCUGGCGAGAGUACAUUCUUUGUUGAGUUGAGUGAGACAUCAGCCAUCCUUCAGCAUGCUACCUCACAUUCCCUGGUCCUUGUUGAUGAACUAGGUCGAGGCACUGCCACGUAUGAUGGCACAGCAAUAGCAUGUUCUGUGGUGAAGGAGCUGUCUACCAGCAUCGGAUGUCGUACACUGUUCUCCACCCACUAUCACUCACUGGUUGAAGAAUUCUCGCACGAUCCCAACAUUCGUUUAGGACACAUGGCAUGUAUGGUAGAGAAUGAGGAUGAGGAUGAUCCAACCCAAGAAACCAUCACUUUCCUCUACAAGUUCACCAGUGGCGCCUGCCCUAAGAGCUACGGCUUCAACGCUGCCAGACUCGCUAACCUACCUGAUGAGGUUAUCAAAGUUGCUGUAAAGAAAGCAAAGGAGUUUGAAUCUUCAUUGAACAGUAUUAAAUCAUUCAGGAGGGUGUGGAAACAGCCGACAAGGGACAAUAUUGAGGUUUCACAAACAGUCUGCUGAUCUGACCUUUAUGCUACAUGUUCAAAAUGUGAUCAAGAAGAAUUGGAUAUACUGAAAGUGAAUUAAUUUUGUUCAAUGAUUUUUAUUGUAUAAGAUAGAUUUAAUAGUGAUUGAAACAAUUAUUUGCAGUUGUUCAAAAUAGUCUUUGAAGUACAUGUUCCUCGUGUAUCGAUAUAAGGGAGCCUAUGAAUGAUUGAUUUCAAUGAAUAAUUGGAAUGUGCUUUAUAGUAUCUCAUUUGUUACUGUUCUAUUUGUUGUUACCAUUGAAUGUCCUUGUUUGUUUGUAUUACCUGUAAGGCAUGAUUCACAAGUUUACAAAGUCUCAUUUAUAGCAUCAAUUUCAAUUUUUAUGAUAUCAAAGUGCUAUCAUUUUCUAAUAAAUGUUGAAAUCUCAAA